GCAAAUGGGACACCCGCUGGAGUUGCGCCAAAUCCGAGACAAGACGAGGAUGAUUUCGCGAAUGAGACCCUCUUUUUCGAACGAAACCGCAUCAAACAGUUACAGGAUGAGCGUGUGCACAUUCAGAAGAAAACAUUCACGAAGUGGUGCAAUUCUUUUCUAAAUCGGGCGAGGUUGGAAGUUGUUGAUCUCUUCGUUGAUUUUGGUGAUGGUGUGUUACUCAUGAAGCUUCUUGAAAUCAUAUCUGGAGAAAAACUAGGAAAGCCGAACAGAGGCCGUAUGCGAGUGCAGAAAAUUGAGAAUCUCAACAAGGUCUUGGAUUUUUUGAAGAAAAAGAAGAUCCAGCUUGAAAAUAUUGGAGCUGAAGACAUUUUGGAUAGGAAUGAGCGUCUCAUUCUUGGUCUGAUUUGGACGAUUAUCCUUCGUUUCCAAAUCGACACAAUAGUGAUUGAGGAUGAAGAAGAGCGAGGUGAACGUAAACAUGCCAAAGAUGCACUUCUGUUAUGGUGUCAACGAAAAACGACUGGCUACCCCAACGUCAGGGUAGAGAACUUUACGACAAGUUGGCGGAAUGGUCUCGCCUUCAAUGCUCUUAUUCAUGCACAUAGACCGGAGUUGGUGAACUUCAAUGCACUGAAUCCUAAUGAUCAUAUUGGGAAUCUCAAUAACGCUUUCGAUAUUGCUGAGAAAAAAUUGGAAAUCGCGCGUCUGCUCGAUGCUGAAGAUGUUGAUGCAUCUCGUCCAGAUGAGAAGUCCAUCAUCACAUACGUAUCACUAUAUUAUCAUCACUUCGCAAAGCAAAAGACGGAGUUAACAGGAGCUCGUCGAGUAGCCAACAUUGUUGGAAAAUUGAUUAACAGCGAUACCAUGGAAGAAGAUUAUGGCCAUAUUUCGUCGGACAUUUUGAAAUGGAUUUAUGAGACAAUCAAACAGCUUGAGAAUAGGCGGUUUCCCAACUCUCUGCAUGGCAUGAGAGAAGAGCUCGGCAGGUUUAAUCAAUUCCGCACGGUUGAGAAGCCCCCGAAGUAUAAAGAGAAAGGAGAACUCGAAGCCUUGUUCUUUACCAUUCAAACAAAAAGAAAGGCUAUGGGUAGAAAGCAGUAUGCUCCUUCUCAAGGGUUGUUCAUGCAUGAUAUUGAAUCGGCUUGGGAGAAACUGGAUCGUGCAGAGAAUGACCGUCAGUUAGCAAUUAUCGCGGAAUUACAGAGACAGGAGCGCAUUGAACAACUAGCGCAGCGUUUCCACAAAAAGGCCAAUCUAAGAGAGAGCUGGAUAAGGAAUGUUCAAAUAGUUCUGGAAGAAAUGGAUCAUGGCAGAACAGCGGCUGAAGUGGAAAAGUCGUUGAAAAAACAGCAAGCCAUUGCGAAUGAUAUUCUUGCGAGGGAAGGACGAUUCAAACUCCUCACUUCGAUGUGUACCGAUCUAUGCAAUGAGCGAUAUCACGAGAGUGAUAAGAUUCGCGCUCGUGAGAGAGAUAUUAUUGAAAGGUGGACACACUUAUUGAGCUUACUUGAGCAGCGUCGCAAGUCGCUCAUGGGUUUAAACGACCUUAUGACCCUUCUACGAGAUAUUGACACCGAACCUUUUGACAAUUUUCUUCAAUCUAAUAAAUACAUCCGAAACAAGGGUGAACAAUAUGAUGUGUUACAACGUAAGCUUGAUGACGUCGCUGCCCAGUAUUAUUCUUUGGUUGAUCUUUGCCGUCAAAGGCGCUUCAAUCUGGACAAAGCUCGUGCGUUAUAUCAGUUUGUCCAGGAUCACGAGGAGGAGUUGUCGUGGUUAAAUGAGAAAGAAGCACUUUGUCGUCGUGCAUUAGCGAAUGGUGACGUUGCAGCAGUGCAGCAGACGACAAUUUUGCAUAAGAAUGCGGAAACAGAAAUGCAGUCGCAUUGGGCACGAACUAAGGAUAUGAUGGCUGCUGGAGAGCGUCUCAUUGAGAACGGUCAGUCGAAAGAAGAUAUUCAGAGACGCAUUCAAGCUAUGCAGCAUGGUUGGGAACGUCUUCGUGCAGCUCAUCAAGCUCUUGGACAGUGGCUUAGUGAAGCCAAGCAAGCUCAGCAAUAUUUCCAAGAUGCUAACGAAGCAGAAUCAUGGAUACGUGAAAAGAUGCCUCUAGUGAAAAGCGAUGAUCUUGGUCGUGACGAAGGUGCUGCGGAGUCAUUGCUACAGAGACAUUCACGUCUUGAGGAGGAAAUUCAUGCGUAUAGAGCCGAUAUUGUGCGACUUGAAGAGAUGAGUCAACAACUCGCUAAUAGUUCGUUCCACAGUGCUAAUACAAGCUCGCAUGAGACAGAGGAAGUAUGCGUUCCACAGAUUGAAAUGCUUUACAAGUAUGAAGGGAAUGGCAUGUCAGUGGUGAAAGGUGAAAUACUAGCGCUAUUAGAGCAAUCUACUUCUGAGUGGUGGCGUGUUUUAAAACAAGAUGGUACUGAAGGUUUUGUGCCAACUAAUUACUGCCGAAAAGUACCAGGUGAAACGGUUACUGUGACUCAAACAACCCAAAUAACCAAGCCAUCUAAAGACGUCGUGGAUAGCAGACGUGCGAUAAUUGAUCGUCAGAAAAUGAUAUCGUCCGAUUACCGACAGCUGAAUAAUUUAGCGGAGGUCCGGCGCCGUCUUCUUUCUGACAAUAUAAAGCUUAUGAGGUUCUAUCGUGAAUGCAACGAAUUCGAGGGAUGGGUCCGUGAGACGGAGGCUACACUUGCGGACGAACCGUCCGUGGAGCAUGUGAAAGCAUUCCGUAAGAAAUUUGAUCGACUUGAGGCAGACAUGAAGGCAAUCGGUGGGACGCAACUUAAGCACAUAAACACGAUGGCGGACGAAUUAAUUGGCGAAGGGCAUAGUCAGUCCAGGCAGAUCGAGACACGACAAAGGAAGGUUAAUGCUCUUUGGGAUGAACUAGAACGCUUGCGUGCGAAACGAGCGGCAAAACUCGAGACAACCGAACGAGUUGCAGACUUUGAGUCAUCUUGCGAGGAUGCAAGGGCAUGGAUGCAGGGGAAAUUUGAUCUCCUGGAUAGAAAUCCAAAUGACUUGAAGAGUCUGCAAAACUUGGAGCGUGACUUGAAACCUCUUGAAGAUAAGAUCCUCUAUUUGGAGAAACUUGCAGCCGAGGUGAAGAAGAAGAAUCCAGAAGAAGCUGCCGCCAUUGGACAUCAGAUCUCAGAGCUUCGUGCUCUGCAUGCAGAUCUUUUGCGUAGGGCUCAUGAGAAGAUUAAAAUUGCUGAGCAAUCUCAAGGGCAGGAAAUGUUUGAGACAGCGUUGAAGGAUUCUCUCAUCUGGGUCGACCGUACCAAGAAAGCUCUUGCUGAUGACGUUCGUGCUUUGGAUGUUCAACAAGCGGAGGAGCUCCUAAAGAAACACUAUGAACUUGGUGAAGAAAUCAAGGACAAGAAAUAUGAGGUGGACUAUGUGAUGGAGUUGGGGCGUCGUUUGCUUGAUAAGAAUCCUUGUCUUUGCGAAGUCGAAGCUCAGCUGCAACAUCUUGUUUUGGAAAUAAAUGGUGUGAAGGAUAUGUAUAGGUUGCGCGACGCUCAGCUAAAAGAGCAGCUGGACCUACAGUUGUUCAAUCGUGAAGCGGAACGAAUCGACGCUACCACGAAGGGUCAUGAGGCUUUCCUUGACUAUGCUGAUUUAGGAGACUCGGUAGAAUCUGUUGAGAAUCUGCUAAAACGUCACAAAGACUUAGAAGCAAAGCUUGAUGCUCAAGAGGGACGUUUGAUUGCGUUUUCUAGAAAUGCCGAUGAUCUUAUUAGGAAUCAUCAUUCUGAGAGUGCUUAUAUCGACAAGCGACGUGAAGAUGUGUUGGCGCGUCGCGUGGCAGUCCGCCGAAUGGCUGCCCAGCGUCGGGCGUGUUUGGAGGCUUCACUUGAAUAUCAGAACAUGAAUAGAGAUUCAGAAGAGAUGAUCUCGUGGAUUCAUGAUAAGAGGAAGCUCGCGAACGAUGAGUCACAUCGGGACCUUACUUCAAUCGCGAACAAGCUGCUGAAACACGAAGCCUUCGAAGCAGAAGUUGGAGCUAAUUCGUCCAGAGUUACUCAAAUCAACAGGGUCGGUACGACUCUAAUAAGUCAAAAGCACUAUGAGUCUGUGAAUAUUGAUCGUAUUCUGAAACGGCUGAAUUCCGAAUGGGCGGAAUUACGAGAUGCAGUUGGCCGUAAAGGUGAAAAACUUCGUCAAGCCGCGGACCAGAAGGGCCUGAAUCGUGUUCUCGAAGAUGCUCACGCUAAAUUAGAUGAGUUGGAGACUGCACUCAAGUCUGAUGAUCUCGGAUCCGAUCUCAGAUCGGUAAAAGACUUGAUACAAAAACACUCCGUUCUAGAACAAGAAAUGGGUUUGUAUGAAAAAAGACUUGCAGACAUCUAUAACCGUGGUCGAAAAAUGGCUGAGGAGGGUCACUUUGAUUCUGAAAAAAUAAAUCACACUGUUAGUGCGUUACUAAAACGGUACUCAGCGUAUCAAUGUCCGAUUUCAAUCCUAUGCAUCCGACGAGAUGCACUCGAAGAAUCCAGAAAAUGGCACCAGCUUUCGUUCGAUGUAGAUUGUGAGCUUCAAUGGAUUUCAGAGAAGAAGCCUAUAGCUUGCUCCGAAGACACUGGACGUAAUCUGACCGAAGCACUAAACAUGGUGAAGAAACAGGAGCAGCUAGAAGCAGAAAUACAAAAGCAUUCGGGUCAUAUUGAGGCGACAAUAGCGCAAGGAGAAUCACUUAUCAGAGUGGGACAUAAGGCAGCAGGACAAAUAAAAACAAAAUCAUAUUUCCAGCUUGCUGGAGCGUGGGCUCAUCUGGUACAGCUAGUCCGGAGGCGUCGCCAAGUUGUCGACUGGGGAGUGAAAGAGCAACAGUAUAUGUUUGAUGCUGCAGAGGUGGAGUCUUGGAUGAAUGAGAAGAGAACAGCUUUAGAAUCCAGCAACUACGGUCAGGAUGAAGACGCGGCUCAAAAGCUUCUUACGAAACAUCGCGCUCUGCAAAAAGAUAUGCAAACAUAUCGACAAUGGCUAGAAAAGCUAUCGACCAAAUGUUCUGAGCUGAUAAACUCUCAUCGUCCAAAGGUUGGACGCUUCACUGUUAGACAGGAGGAACUUGAAACUGAAUUUGACCGACUUAGUCGAUUGGCAGAGGAACGUCGUCGCGCCCUAGAGGAUAGUGUGCACUUGUUUGAGUAUAUGCGUGAAAGUGCUGAUCUUGAACAAUGGAUAAAUGAACAACUUCAAACGGCGAUGAACGAAGAGUAUGGAGACGACUAUGAGCACUUUAAGGAAUUGCAGUCGCGUUUCGAAGACUUUAAACAAAGCGUUAGAACUGGCAGUGAACGAUUUGUGUCGUGUGAGGCUGCCGCCAAUGCACUUCUAAGGAGAAAUCCACCAUUUGGAAGAGAUAUCCUGAAGAAACAAGAAAAACUAAGAUCUGUUUGGACACUGCUCUUAGACUACAUUGAAUCGCGCGAAUCUAAAUUAGCUGCUGCUGAAGAACUUCAUCGUUUCAAUCAAGAUGUUCUGGAGCACGAGGAAUGGGUUGCGGACAAGCGUGCAAAUAUUUCACGUGAUAAGGGAAGGAACAUGCAGCAGGUGCUGUCUCAGAAACAUGAGACGCUUGAAAAGGAAGUCGCUGGGAUGCAGUCUCAGUUGCAGAAUCUUCUUGCGGAGUCCGCUCGUCUUAAGGAAGCAUAUCCUGGCGGAAACGCUGAGCACAUUGCGCAGCAACAAGUGGAACUCGCCGAGAGUUGGCAGGAGCUGCAAAUCGCCAUUGAAGACAGACGUGAUGAGCUGCGCGCUGCCAGAGAUAUGCAUCGCUUCAACUCCGAUGUACGUGACCUGCUGGCAUGGGCUGAUAUAACAAUCGCUGAUAUGCAGUCCGAGAUGCAAGUAAACGGCCUACAACAAGCGGAAGUUCUCCAAAAGGAACACUCUCGACUGUACGGUGAAAUCACAACACGAGCACCCGAGUUUGAGAAAGUGGCGCGAUCUGGUCAGGCGAUGAUCCAACGAUCUAAAUUCUCCUUACAGAUCAAUACUGCGUUGGAACACCUUCGAUCCGAGUGGGAGCUUCGAGGAAGCUACUUAGUUCAAUUGGUUCAAUGGCAUGCUUUCCAACAGGAAGCGAAUCAAAUCCUUACUCUCAUAGCUGCCAAACGUGCUACAUUACGUCAGUUAGCUGUUGGAGGUAGUGUUGCCGAUGUUGAAGGUCAAAUGAAGCGUUUAGACACCUUCGAGAAAGCGUUAUCGACGAUGGAUGAGAGAACGAAAGCGCUGGAUCGUACUGCCAAUGAAUUGAUUUCGCGAAAUCACAUGGAGAAGAACAACAUUGAGAUGUCGAGGAAAAAGGUUCAUGACGCAUUAUCUCUUCUACAUCGGGAUGUCGAACAGCGGCAUACUGUGCUUAAUGAGGCCUUCAUGGUGGCAACAUUCGAUCGCGACGUGGCAGACACUGAAGCAUGGAUUGAUGAAAAAUUAAAGGGAAUUCGGCUAGAAAAGGAGCGUCAAGGACAAUGUAGUUCGAUAGAGGACAAGAUGAAGCGAUUACAGAAGCACCAGGCACUUGAGGCAGAAAUGGCAGCGAACCGUAAACGGGUGGAACAAGUACUUCAAAGAGGGAAGGAGCUUCAUACGAAGCAUCGAGAUGCUGGAAUUACCUCUCGUUGUGAUGGUCUAUAUAAUCGUUGGUUGGCACUUGUGGAUGCUUGCGGAGAACAGUCGCGAGCUCUUGAAGAAGCACGAGAUCUUCUUACAUUCAGGCAACUAGUCGAACGUGUUUUAUCUUGGGCUCACGAAAGGGAAUUGAUGGUCACAGCUGCUGAUAUGGGACGUGAUCUUGAACACUGUAAAGUUCUGCUUGAUCGACUGGAUGGUACCAAAGCUGAUUCUUCAGUAGAUCAGGAAACCCUUGAGCAAAUAAAUCGGCUUGGAGAGAAACUCAUAGGCCAAGGAAGAACCAGUCUUGAGGAGGUGCAACAACAACAGCAACAUCUUAACCAUACGUGGGAUGCCUUGCAUGGGAAACUGGCUGCAUAUCGCCGAGAACUCGUAGCUGCAUUGGAAGUUCACGGUUUUAACCAUGAUGUCGAUGAUACUAACGAGAGAAUUCAUGAGAAAAUUGCUGCGAUGCGAAGCGAUGACUACGGAAGAGACUUUGCUACGGUUGAUGCUCUCUUGCGAAAGCAGACGGCUCUUGAACGUGAUAUGAGUGCUAUUCAUCAGAAACUCAUUGCUCAUGAUAAGGAUGCGCAGAACAUACUCGCUAAGAAGCCACCGCUUAAGCAUACGGUACUUGAUUCUCUCAAGAAACUAGAAGAGAGCUGGAAAGAGCUGAGCCAAGCUGCAGAAUUGCGAAAUGAAUAUUUGGAUAAGUCAUACAAACUUCACAAAUACAUAGACCAAGUGAAAAAAGCGGAGCAGUGGGCGAUGCAACUUCGCAAUAAAAUGACGUCUUACCAACCACCAAAGACUAGCGCCGAAGCAGAGCAGCUGAUAGCCCAACACGCUGAACGAAGAGCUGAGAUUGACGGUCGCCAAGAUGAACUCCAUGUACUUCACGAAGAAGGCCAACGCCUCAUAGCAGAACAACCAGAGCACAAGUCGGAAGUACAGCGAGCUCACAAACGCGUUCAAAAUUCGGAACACCAGUUGAGGCAGACAUGGGAAUCAGAGAAGGCGUCACUGCAACGUAUGCUAGAGUGGCUGCAGUGGUGUGAUCAAGCAUCUAUGUGUGAGCGAUGGCUUGCAGACAAGGAAAAUUUGUUAAAGCAAGGUGACAUUGGUGAUGCACCAGAUGUGGUGCAGAUGCUCAUCAAAUCACAUGACGCGUUCGAAGAAACUGUUCGAAAGCAAAGUGAGAAGCUUGAAUGCCUGAAAGCAGAUGCUAUGCAGUUAAUCUCAGGAGACAAUGAAUACCGAAGUGAUAUCGAGGCUAGAUGUGAAGAAGUUAUGCAACGAUAUUCAUCGAUGCUGGAGUUGUCGUCACGUCGGCGCGGUCUUCUCUGCGAUAGCAAGAAGUAUCAUGAUUUUAUCCGUACCUGUGGUGAACUGAUCACCUGGAUCAAUGCAAAGUUGCAGCUGGCCUAUGAUGAAUCUUACCUCGACCCGACGAACCUACGAGCUAAACUUCAAAAGCAUCUGGCAUUUGAUUCUGAACUCACAGAGAACGAGAAGCGUUUAGUGGCUGUAGAAGCUCAAGGCGAACAGCUCAUUAAGGAGAAACACUUCAUGAGUGACCAGGUACGCGCUCAACUUGGUGAGCUCCGUAGUGGUUGGGACGAACUGCGCACGAAAUCAGCGCUGAAAACCCAGCGUCUUCGAGAAGCAUACGAAGCUCAUACACUCCAACGCAAGGUUGAGGAUAUGGAAAAGUGGCUUGAUCGGAUUGAAGCUGAACUCGCCUCUGAAGAUCAUGGUCGUGAUCUUGUUUCGGUCGAACAUUUGAUGAAGAAACUAGAUGCUUUGGAUGCUGAGAUCCGAGGGCGAGCUGAUGUUGUGCGUGAUUUGAUGCAGAAAGCUCGUGAAAUUAAAACUUUGGGCUCGCCAACAUCUGAUGUCAUACUUCGCGCUGCUGAACAGGUUGACGCGCGGUAUUCAUCGAUAAGCGAGCCGGUAUUAAUCAGGAGAGAGAAUUUGCGUGAUGCGCACGCCAUGUACGAAUGGACUGCGUGUGCAGAAGAGGAAUUGGAAUGGCUUGCCGAUAAAUUGCUAUUGGCACGGAGUCAGGAGUGCGGUGACAGUUUGCAUGCUGCUCAUAGUCUUCAAAAAAAGCAUGCAACACUUGAAAAAGAGCUCGAAUUGCGACAAGCUGGCAUCCAUGAGAUCGAAUCUAGAGGUGUGGCUAUGGUGCGUGCAAAACAUUUUGCAUCGUCUCAAAUCGAAAAGAUGAUCAACCAACUGGCGACGGCGCUCUUAUCUGUUAAAGAUGCCGCGUCGGUUCGUCGUACUCGUUUACAGCAAGCUGUUGAUAGCCAUGAGUACUACACGGAAACAGCAGAAGCAGAGCAAUGGAUAAGAGACCAAAUGCCAGUGGCAGCUAAUCAAGAAACUGGUCGUGACCAAAAUUCUGCUGAGAGUUACUUACGACGGCUAACUGUUCUAGAUAAGGAGGUAGCUAAAUUCCAAGAUGAGCUUGAGCGACUUAGAGUACGCUGCGAUUCACUACAAGAUCAUCAAGAUGCCAACCAGAUCGCCGCUCGUCAAGUGAAAUUGGAAACUGCGUAUGCCGAACUUGUCAAGGAGUGCAAUAGAAGGCGUACACAACUUGUCGACGCUGGAAGGUACCACGGAUUUGUUCGACAAGUUGAUGACCUCUCAGAUUGGCUUCAUGAUAAGGAACACUUGGCUUCUUCUGAGGAUUAUGGCAGAGACCUUGAGGAUUGUGUACAACUCACUGAAAAGUUCGAGACUAUUGUUCGAGAGUUAGCAGCUGCUGGUGAGCGGGUAGCGGCAGUGCAGCGAGCGCAAGAAGAGCUUCUGAGAAGUGGUCAUCCAUAUGCAGCUUCAAUUCGUGCCAAAGGUACAGAUCUGCAAAGUCUCUGGACUUCCGUUAACGAAGCGGCCACUGAGCGACAGCAUGCGUUGGCCGGUGCACGUCAAGUACAUCGAUUUGACCAAGAAGCCGAUGAAACACUAAAUUGGCUGCAGGAUAAAGAAGCAACUGGAGUUGCCAUGGAGAACGAAGAGCUUGCUCAUGCCGAUCUUGCCACCAUAAAGGUUCAAAUGCAACGCCAUGACGAGUUUGUGCAUGGCAUGAGAGCUGUUGAGAAACAGGUUGCCGAACUAUGCCGUGAGGCCGAGCGGUUGUGGGCGGCAUUUCCGAAUACUCGUGAACACCUUGAAGUAAGGAAAAUGGACAUGGAAGAACAACUAAAAGACAUUCUGGAAGGUGCAAGAAGGCAUCAUGAACGUCUUCAGCAUAUGGAAAGCAUGCAGGCCUAUUUCCAGGAAUAUCGUGAACUUAUGCAGUGGGUGAAGAAAAUGCAGGCAGUGAUGACGUCUGAGCAGUUGCCACGAGACGUUAUUGGGUGCGAAGCACUGGGACGGCGUCACGACGAGUAUAACCUUGAGAUGCAAGGGCGAAAACCACAUAUAGAUGAGUUCGUUCGUCAGGGAAGGCAUGUGAUUCAGGCGGGUCAUGUGUUGUCUCAAGAAAUUGGCGAAAAGGUGCAAACUCUCGAAAGGUCAUGGGCAGUUCUGUGUGAAGUGUGGAAAGACCGUCAUGAAUUGUAUAACGAGAAUUUGGAUUGCCAAAGAUGGAAACAAAACGCUGCCCAGCUGGAACAGUGGUUGCUUGAGAGAGAACGAAUGCUUGCUGAUGACUGGCGUCAUAUCGAAAGUGUGGAAAGCGCCGAAGCUCAUCUUCGUGACUUCGAUGAUUUCCUAGUGACACUGGACACCCAAGUAGAUCGUUGUGAAAUGGUUGAACGCCUUACUCUCAUCGAACAGAAUUUCAGUCGUCUUAGAAGAAAGGAGGUUGAACGAUCUCGCAUUGCUGAAGAAGACCAGAAACGUCGCGAUACGAUAAAGGUGGUUGAAAAAGGACAGAUUCUAGCCAAUCGUCGCCAAGAGAGGGAGAGACGGAAAACUCAGGAAAUCUCACUGCUUCGACCUACUACCAAUGAUGAUUUAUCAAGUCAGACUUUGCCACGAAAAAUAGACAGAGUGGAGAGGAGCAAAACUUCUGCUCUUUGUGAUACAGCGCUUAAAAUAGAACUAAUCUACGCCAAUCUUUCCAGCGUGAACGCUCCGAUAAUCUCUUCGGCUGAUGUUGAAAUGAAGAAAACGCCAUCGUUCAACACUCGUAGAGGAAGAUCCGUCUCAAGAAAUAGCACAAGCCGUUGGGAAGAUAUGGGUGCCAUUGAUAUGAGAGGCUUCCUCGACCGUAAACAAGAUUUACAAAGUGGCGGUAAAAAAGCGACAAUACGAUCAUGGAAGAACUACUACACCAUUCUUUGUGGUCAGCUAAUGUGUUUUUUCAAGGAUGAAUCAGCACUUUAUGGAAAUCUUGCGGCGGCUGCACCUGUAUAUAUCUACGGUGCACGAUGUGAACCCUUCCCAGAAUAUGUGAAAAGAAAGCAUGCGUUUAGAUUGGCUACCCAAGAUGGUGCCGAAUACAUGUUUGCGUGCACUGAUGAACGACAAAUGCUGGAAUGGGUUGCAAAGGUUAAAUUUCAUGCAGAACUGGCACCCAGUAACCAGCUGAGAUCAUAUUCAUAUCAAGCUAGUGAGGAUGUUCCACCGUUGCCAAUGCGUCGUGGUACACUGGUGGAUGAGGAAUCUCGUCCAAUUUCGCGUGUAUCCGCUUUCGAUGCUUCUGAUGAGUGCAAUGAUUACAAUUCGCUACCGCGUGGAGCGUCGACCCAUGUGGAGGCAUCCAUUCGCUUGUGCUCCACUCUCCCAAGAGGUGUCCGUUCGGGCCAACAGAUAGGGGUGGAACCAAAGAACUCAUUGACGAAUUCCUUAUCCCAUAUGCCCGCACUCUUCGAACCACGGAAGGUCACAGUUGUUCAGCGAGCAUGCAGACGACAGUCGAUUUAUGCUGAGAGCAUCUACGGCGAUAUGGAGGAAGUGGAUGAAGUCUCCACUACGAAUUCUUAUACCGCUACAGCAUCGUCUACAAUACAUCCACCUACAUCUUCGAACGGCUAUACGGAAACGCUUUCUUAUCGAGAAUUGUCUGCAUCGAACUACACCCGUGAGACACCACCACAAAGCGGGGAGUUCAUCUCGUGGGUGGAGAACAACCAAUACGGUAGACCACCACAGUCAUCGACACCCAUUUCAAGUCAUGACACUGAAUCUUUGAAAAGCGAGAGUUUUUCAGAGAAGCGAUUUUCGCUGUUCGGCAAACGAGGAUCGAAGUCUCAAAAAUGA